UAAAAAUAUUACCUACUUCAUAGUGUCAUCAUGAGGAUUAAAUGAGAUUAAGCAUAUGAAGCAUCUGUCAUGGUGUCUAGCACAUAGUAGGCACUAGAUGCACACUGUUUCCCUUGCAGUAAAAAGGAGGUGGGAUUUCAGGGAGGUAGGAUUGAGUUCAUAUAGAUCGUGCAUGUCUGGCUGCUGAAUAUUUGUCAGAUUGCAUUUCAAAGCUAAAUAUGGUGGAAAUUUGUUGUAAUACAUCUGUACAUUGACUCCCCUUAUUCUGUAUGCCUGGAGGAAGACCUGAUGUCCUGGGCAAAGCUUUCCUGAGCUAGCUGCAUUGUCCUUAAAACCAAGCUAACUUGCCCUCCGCUUCCUCCCCCUCCCUGAUGGUUGACCAUCUGCAGAUCACGAGACUGCACAAAUGCAGCUCUAGAGUUUGCAUUUAAGAAAGGCUGAAUUUAUCCAAGUGCCUCACCUUGCUAGACCUAUUCAUUCUAAUUUUAGGUAUAAACUGACAAUGACAUAAAACGGCAGAGCACUGAGAUCUCCCUGGGUCUGUUUCAUGAGCAUAUGUGUAUCAAGAAGGGUAGGAGUAUUCAUAAUAUGUACUGGGUGAAGCAGAGGGUACUCUGAGCCAGAAAUAAACUGUCUUGAUAAGGCACUACUAUUUUUUAAGUCAUCUAGGCUUGAGCCUUUGGCUCUCUUAGCUCUUCGCCACUAUCCCACCAUAAUCCACUCAGCUUUCAAAUUUUACUAAUUAUACCUCUGGACUGUUGCUCCGAUGCAUCAUCUUUCCAUUUCUAUCACCUGCUCCCUAGUUCAGACUCCCCAUUACCUCUCUCAGGCUGUUUUGCUGUAGCUUCCAAACUAGUUUCUCUGACUUGUUUCCCCAGUCCAUUCCAGCUUCGAUCUAUCAGUUCCCUGCUCCAAAACAUUCAUUGCUGCACCAUGCCCUUGAAAAUGAAGCACAAAAGUUUCAUUUUGGCUCUGAAGAUCUUUUCUAAUCAUUCUCCAAUUUACUUUUCCAAACCUGUUAUUGUGUUCUCCCUAUAUUCUCCCACAUUUUUAAUAUAAGGAUAAGAAAAAAGAGAACUAAAAUUCAUUUAAGACUUUUUUGAUGCAGAGCUGAUUGUUAGAGUUCUAUAAAAUAUAUGUAUUAUCUCAUGUAAUUCUUACAAUAAGCUUGCAAAUACAGUAUUAUUUCCACUUUACAGAUGAGGAAAAUAAAACACAGAGAGGCUACGUGUCCUCCGUUUUCUUUCCAAUACACAAAACUUUGUGUCCUUUCCCUUGCUUUCUAACGUUUGCUACGGCUGUGCCUUUGCCUGGUACUCCUUUCCUCCGUCUCCACAUAUCUAUGCAUUUUUCCAGGCCAGUAUCAAAGGGCCCUCUGAAAAUGGUUUUCUUUUAAAUUGGAAUGACUCCAUCUUGACCUCCAUCAAACUUAGUUUAUGUUUCAUUUAUGAUACUACUUUCUGCCUUGAUUAUUAUUUUCUACACGUCUUGUCUCCUUUCCCAAAGUUUGAGAAUCUGAAGGGCAGGAUCUGUAUCCUGAAAACCUCCUGCUAUGUGGUAGAGUACAUGAUACCUAGACUUAGAUGGGUGAGUAGGUAGGAGGAUAGUUGAAUGGAAAAUACUUAUUUUCCGAUCUAAUGUUUUGCAGAUCACCUAAAGCUAAUCAUUGUAAUUCCCUGUUUCUCUAAAUGAUUGCUAGCCCCCCAAACAUGACACAGUAAACUCUAUGGCAUCAUAAAAAAGUCUCCAUGCUUUUGCUCACCCAAUUUUCUUUGCUUAAAAUAUCUUUAUCCCUCAUUGCCUCAUUUCUUUCAAGACAUAUCUUAGGAGUAACACUGCAUCUGGGAAGCCUUCCCCAAUUUGUCUAGGUAGAAUCCCGCACAAUGCAGAACAUCAUGUGGAUCUCCAUGUUAUACUUUUUCCUUUUACUGGAGGUAAUUUUUCUGUGCUUUUCUCCUAGUAUAAAUUAUGAGUUGGAAACUUCACAAAAGAUGAAAGUAAUCAUCAGCAUUUAUUACAAGUAUACUACUUGCCAGAUGAGUGAUGAGGAAGCAGCUUUAGGAAGUUUGAGUUACUUCCUUAAGGUCACGCAACUAACAGGAGUUUGACCCUCUGGGGCAUGAAUACUGAGCUGUUCAGUUCUGGGUUGUGCUAAUAGGACCCUUCAAAGGAAGAGCAAUGGCUGCAGCCACAGCUUCUCACCUGAACCUAGAUGCCCUCCGGGAAGUGCUGGAAUGUCCCAUCUGCAUGGAGUCCUUCACAGAAGAGCAGCUGCGGCCCAAGCUCCUGCACUGUGGCCAUACCAUCUGCCGCCAGUGCCUGGAGAAGCUAUUGGCCAGCAGCAUCAAUGGCGUCCGCUGUCCCUUUUGUAGCAAGAUCACUCGCAUAACCAGCCUGACCCAGCUGACAGACAACCUGACAGUUCUGAAGAUCAUUGACACGGCUGGGCUCAGUGAGGCUGUGGGGCUGCUCAUGUGCCGGUCCUGUGGGCGACGUCUGCCCCGGCAGUUCUGCCGGAGCUGUGGCUUGGUGUUGUGUGAGCCUUGCCGGGAGGCGGAGCACCAGCCCCCUGGCCACUGUACACUCCCUGUCAAAGAAGCAGCUGAGGAGCGGCGUCGGGACUUCGGAGAGAAGUUGACCCGUCUGCGGGAGCUGAUAGGGGAGCUGCAGCGGCGGAAGGUAGCCUUGGAAGGUGUCUCUAAGGACCUUCAGGCAAGGUAUAAAGCAGUUCUCCAGGAGUAUGGGCAGGAGGAGCGCAGGAUCCAGGACGAGCUGGCCCGCUCUCGGAAGUUCUUCACAGGCUCCUUGGCUGAAGCUGAGAAGUGCAACAGUCAAGUGAUAGAGGAGCAGAGUUACCUGCUGAACAUUGCAGAGGUGCAGGCUGUGUCUCGCUGUGACUACUUCCUGGCCAAGAUCAAGCAGGCAGACGUGGCACUACUGGAGGAGACAGCUGAUGAGGAGGAGCCAGAGCUCACUGCUAGCUUGCCCCGGGAGCUCACCCUGCAAGAUGUGGAGCUCCUUAAGGUAGGUCACGUUGGCCCCCUCCAAAUUGGGCAGGCUGUUAAGAAGCCCCGAACAGUUAACAUGGAAGAUUCCUGGGCCAUGGAGGCUGCAGCCUCUGCUGCGUCGACCUCUGUAACAUUUAGAGAGAUGGACAUGAGCCCCGAGGAAGUGGUUGCCAGCCCUAGGGCCUCACCCGCUAAACAGCGGGGUCCCGAGGCAGCCCCUAAUAUCCAGCAGUGCCUCUUUCUCAAGAAGAUGGGGGCCAAAGGCAGCACUCCAGGCAUGUUCAAUCUUCCGGUCAGUCUCUACGUGACCAGCCAAGGCGAGGUGCUGGUUGCUGACCGUGGCAACUACCGUAUACAAGUCUUCACCCGCAAAGGCUUUUUGAAGGAGAUCCGCCGCAGCCCCAGCGGCAUUGACAGCUUUGUGCUAAGCUUCCUUGGGGCUGAUUUGCCCAAUCUCACUCCUCUCUCAGUGGCCAUGAACUGCCAUGGGCUGAUUGGUGUGACUGACAGCUACGAUAACUCCCUCAAGGUAUAUACCUUGGAUGGCCACUGCGUGGCCUGUCAUAGGAGCCAGCUGAGCAAACCAUGGGGCAUCACAGCCCUGCCAUCUGGCCAGUUUGUAGUAACUGAUGUGGAAGGUGGAAAGCUUUGGUGUUUCACUGUUGACCGAGGAGCAGGGGUGGUCAAAUACAGCUGCCUCUGCAGUGCUGUGCGGCCCAAGUUUGUCACCUGUGAUGCUGAGGGCACUGUCUACUUCACCCAAGGCUUGGGCCUCAAUCUGGAGAAUCGGCAGAAUGAGCACCACCUAGAGGGUGGCUUUUCCAUUGGCUCUGUGGGCCCCGAUGGGCAGCUGGGUCGCCAGAUUAGCCACUUCUUCUCGGAGAACGAGGAUUUCCGUUGCAUUGCUGGCAUGUGUGUGGAUGCUCGUGGUGAUCUCAUUGUGGCUGAUAGCAGUCGCAAGGAAAUUCUCCAUUUUCCUAAGGGUGGGGGCUACAGUGUCCUUAUUCGAGAGGGGCUCACCUGUCCAGUGGGCAUUGCCCUUACUCCUAAGGGUCAGCUGCUGGUCUUGGACUGUUGGGAUCAUUGCAUCAAGAUCUACACCUACCAUCUGAGAAGAUACUCCACCCCUUAGGGGAUGAGAAAUGCCGGUUCCUUCUGCUCCCCAGCCAGCUUCCCUUCCCUUAGUCCUUGGUUGUUGGUGGUACUAUAGAAUAGAUUUGGCCUAUGUCCUAAUUCCAGCUGGGUAGUCCUAGAAUUUUAGAAACUCAGUCUUUUAGUGAUUUUUAUAUGUUAUUUCUCCCACCCUACCUCCCAUCUAAAUUUAGAGCUUUAACAGAUGUACUGCCCAAGUAGGACAUAUGAUAGUGUUAGCUGAAGUUUGACUAGACAUUAGGCACUUCCCAGGCUUCAGUAGAGAGAGCCAGUGUAGCCUUUUGCCUUGUAUUUGAAAUUUGUCCCUUUAUUAAAUCCUUGGUGAUUUCUCCCUUUUGGCUUUGAUGUCCUUGGUCCAUUGUUUCCUUCCUAUUAUUAUGUGCUUCAUUUGUGAUACUUUCUCUUCAACUCUGGUUGCAUUCAGUGUGCAUGCUCCAGCAGGAUCUGCUCUACCUUUCAGUGACAUUUCCGACUCAUGUUCCUGUAGCAUGAUGUCUCAGGUCUGGUCAACUGUACCAGUGUGAAAGCUCAUUCAUCUAGUGCCACCAAAGGGAAUAUACAGUCCUUUUAGGAUGCAGUACCUCUCGGCUGGAGGAUCUGUGCCAUCUCGGAUUGGUCUCCCAUUGCAGAUAUUACAGAGAAUGUAUUGACCCUAGUUGGUUGAUGUUGAAGACUUCAACCUGGAAAUUGCUUGCAUUUUAAAGAGGCAUAUGUGGAUUGGCAUUAUGCCAAGGCAUAGGAAGAUGGGAAUAAGCAAACAUAAAUGCUAAUAUAGCCAGCAAACUGGAUAGCCUCUAGGGCUCAUCAUUUUUCACACUACCUCUCUUCACUGGCCUGUACUAAGAGUUGUCUGAGGAAUUGUACAACAUAGGCCAGGGCCAACAAAGUGGGGAGGUGGACACGUCUCAUUUUCAUUACUAAAACAGACGACAAAACUGUCGGGUCGUUACUCUGUAUUUUCCUCAAGUGAGUGCAUAUUGUUUGGUUUUGGGACUUCCAUUCCUCUAUCAAGCAUUAAAUAAUUGAUAACUGUUUCUUCA